AUGGAAGUAACACCUACAGAAGUUCGAAAUGAUUCUACAAGUACACCAACUAUCAAUAGUAGAAGUGUACGACAAAAAAUAACAAGUCCAGUUGUAUGCAAAGUUUGUGGUAGUUCAGCUCAAUAUUCAUAUUACGGCGCUAUUGUAUGUCACUCAUGCAAAGUAUUCUUUAGACGAAAUGCACUAAAUCGAUCGGUUCCACUUAAAUGCAAAUCUGGUGAUCAUUGUGAAAUAAAUGUUUAUAAUCGUCGAAUUUGUCCAUCUUGUCGACUUGUCAAAUGUUUUGCAAGUGGAAUGACUGUUGAAAUGAUUCGAUCUUCUCGAGCUAAUCAAACUAUGAUAAAUCGAAAGAAAAAAUCAACAUCAACAGCUUUAGUCAGAUUAGCCGACAGAAGAAAUCAACUUGCACAGAUUCCAACAUUAAAUUUAUUACGAUCAGAUAUAUCUACAUUGACCGUGGAUCAAUGGAAUCAUCUUUCAAAUUUGGUCCAUUGCUUUGAUGAAUAUAGUGAACUUUCAUUUAUUGAACAUUUUAUUCAUGAGCAAAGUGCAUUACCUCCAAAGUUUCGGUUCAAAUAUGCAUCAGUCCGUAACUUUUUUACAUCGAUGAUGAGUAAAGUUCAAUUAGUAUUUGAAAAGAACCGAGACAUUUUCUCGUUAUCUUUACAUGAUCGUAGUACAUUGCUUCGUAGUACAGUGGAAUAUACAACAAGUAUUGGUGGAGCCGUUAUACUUCGACAAGCUCACUUGUUCGAUAAUCCGGCGUUUUUCAAAUCCGCCGAGCUUAUCUUUCGACCAUCUGCAGUAGCUUUGACUAAACAAACUAUUGAUCAACUCGAUCCAGAUAUAACAUUUAUCAAAAUUAUAUUUGCAGUUGUUGCUUUCUUGAUAUCCAAUUAUACAGUCUACACAUCAACUGCUCCUACCAAUCUGACGGAUGCUAAGAAAAUCUUGCGUAUUCAAGAUAUCUAUACGGACCUCGUAUGGCGAUAUCUAAUCUAUAAGUAUAAUGAUCAUGAUGCUAUUUUAUGCUUUUCAAAUUUCAUACGAUGUCUUUUUCUUAUCAAUGAUUCAGUUGUUGAAGCACAUGAAGCACAACAGUAUACAGAUAUAAUCGAUUCUGUCGUUGAAGCAACUCAACAGAAGCUCACUCUUAACCAGUAA